UGCUGUUGCGGCGAGGUGUCGGUGGAGAGACCGGAGAGGACGGAGAGGCUGCCGGGUCACCGCUGCCGCUGCUGCUGCUGCUGCUGCUGCUGCGGGAAAUUUAGCUCUCCAGAAAUACUGAAGGCGACUAAGUUUAGUUCAGGAUGCGUCCGUAAAUCCACCGUGUGUCUCUGCAAAGGGGUGAAAUCACAACCUUCUGAUAUAAACUGCGCUCAUUUUCUAUUCCUGGAGAGCUUAAUGCGCCUCGUCUCCAAACAUGAUCGGGAGAGGACUGUUCGUUUUGACCGUACUGUCCAACUGCGUUCUGUCAUUGCCGGUGACUUCAAGUCAGCUGGAGAAUGAAGACGUACAGGUGAUGAAAUGCAUCGUGGAGGCGUUGGCAGACGUGCUAUCAAGGCCCCACCCCAUGCCUGUCAGUCAGGAGUGUUUGGUCACACUGAAGACAGAUGACAGGCUUGUUUCUAUCCUUCGCCAUCACAACUUCCUGAAGGAGCUGCAGGAGAUCGCCGUUCAAGGUGGUCAGGAGAGAGCUCAGCUGCAGAGAGACGCCGGUGCACCUGAAUCAACCACGCAAACUCCUCAGACUGCAGAUGUUGCUGAUCGAUCCAUGUUGGAGGCUUUAGGAGGCCCAGGUGAACGAUCCAUCCUGUCCCAGAAGAGGAGGACAGGAAAUGGAGACAGAGAGGAAGAAAAGCAUGUGAGCCUUGGAGACAGAGAGUCACAGGAGGACAGUGACAUCGUUGAAGAGGUGCAAGUGAAGAGGGAAGAUGACGAGGGCCCGGGAAGUCACAUCUCUGAGGCUGCGGAUGAGUGGAGUGAGGGCAGGGCUGAAAAGAGAGAGGAAGAAGAGGAAGAGUAUGGACAGAAGAGAGCAAAUUCAGGGGAGGAAAACAUGAUCAAGGAUAAGAAAGGUGCUGGAUCUGAACCCAGACACAAAUCAAAAGCAAAGAAGUUUGAUAAAGAAGAUGAAGGGGGGAAAGACAAGAGAUCUCCAUUUUUCUCACAUAGGCCUAAAGAACAGGUGGACGAGAUGGAAGAGGAGGAAGAGGAGGAAGAGGAUGAAGGAGAGCUGAAGAGAGAGAGUAGGGAGGGCCUACAGCGUUGGACCAAGAGGGGCAAGGCGUUGCCACUAAAGAGAAAAGCAGCGCAGCAGCUCAAGAGACAGCAUGAAGUGUCACAUCAUUCAAAAGAAGACACAGAGGAAGAGGAGGAGAAGAGGAAGAGAGGCAUGCAGAGGAGUCCGGAGGAGAAGGAGCUGCAAAUGAUCGCAAGGAGGGGACCUGAGGAAGAAGGGAGCGGCAGCCGGAAGUCAGAGGAGCCAGAGAUUGAAAGCCUGGCAGCCAUCGAGUCGGAGCUUGAAAACGUUGCCCAGAAACUCCACGAGAUGCGGCGAGGCUGAAGACAGAGAGAGAGAGAGAGAGAGAGAGAGAGAGAGAGAGAGAUUGGUUAAAAAAAAAAAAAAAAUGUUGACACCGCAACCUCCUCUGCCUCCUCGUCCUCCUCCGCUUUACCACCUGCCUGGUCUCCACAGUUAGAGCGUCUGAAUAUGUGACAAGAUUUUAUCUUUCGCUAUUUUUCCGGAGGAUGCCCACUUGCGCCAGACUGCUGCAGCCUCCCCUGUGACAUCCUGUCCCUCACAUAGAUUAGCAAAGAGUAGACGCACACAGCAGCUAGACACGCAUACUAAAAACACACAGUUCUGUGCAUUCACACACAUGCAUAUAAUAUUCAAAACUCUCUCUGUCAGUGAAGGUCGACAGCUUGUUUUCCUUCUUUCUCUCUGACAAUCAUCUUUCUCUUUCUUCAAGACGCCUGCUUUUCACAUCAUUUAACACACUGAUUUGAGUGAAAGGUUGACGGAGACGCAGGUAAACACACACCAACGAGGUGAGGAUGUACAGUAACGGCAUGUAUACAUGUACAAAGCUCUUUCUGGGAUGCUUACUUACUUAUGGAGAAGCAGAUAAAGAUGACGUAGAUGCUUACUUAUUAUAGAUAGUUGAUUCUAAUCAAGCCAAGGCAAUAAGUGAACAUUUUUAGCAGAUUAAUGAACUGUAAUAAUUUCUGUAAGAAAACCAAUAAAUUGAAUAGUUUAAGUGGAAA